AUGAGCUGCAAGGUAUUUUCAACAUGGGUGGUUCUUGCUACAAGUGCACUCAUCUCACUAUCCACUCAGAAUUGUAUAACCAAUUGGUUUGACCAUGAUGACCCAAAUGGCAAUGGAGACAGCGAGCUGUUGGCUGACCUUCUCAAUUCAUAUCCUCAAGAAAUAUGUCCAAAUCCGAUCGCAAUAGAGGCUCAGACCGUCUCCGGCCAAUCAGCAUCUCAAACAGGAAACAUCUUUCAAGUAUAUAAUCCAACAACCGGGUUUUCUUGUGUAAACGCAAACCAAGUAGGAGGGUUAUGUUUUGAUUAUAAGGUGCGCUUCACCUGCCCGGAGGACUGGUGUUCAAAAUGUAGGACACCCUGGUUUGACCGAGAUAAUCCCAGUGGACCAGGAGACUAUGAGACGUUGUCGUUGACCCUGGUAACAUAUCCACUGCAAGUCUGCGCUCAGCCCAUCGCUAUCGAGGUGGCAACUAUUAGUGGGACCCCUGCACUGCCUACUGGAAACAAUUUCCUAGUAUAUGAUCCAACGCAGGGCUUCGUUUGUGUGAACGCACAACAAAACGGAGGGUGUCAGGACUACAAGGUCCGCUUCACAUGUCCAGUGAGUUUUUGCCAUCCAAAGUGUGUAACCAGGUGGUUUGAUUCUGACAACCCUAAUACAAAUGGGGGCGAUUCCGAACUCCUGACUGUCCUCCUCAGUAUGUACCCUAACGAAAUAUGUCAGAAUCCAAACGGAAUAGAGGCUCAGACCAUCUCUGGCCAGCCAGCGUCUCAAACUGGAAAUGUCUUUCAAUCAUAUAAUCCAACGACUGGGUUUUCUUGCAUAAACGCAAAUCAAGGAGGAGGAGUUUGUGCUGAUUAUAAGGUGCGCUUCACCUGCACAGAGGAAUGGUGUUCAAAAUGUAGGACAACUUGGUUAGACCGAGAUAACGCCAGUGGAGGAGACAAUGAAAGGCUGUCAUUACUGCUGAUAAGAUACCCACUACAGGUCUGCGCUCAGCCCAUCGCCAUUGAGGUCACAACCAUUAGCGGGACCCCCGCACUGCCACCUGGAAACAUUUUUGUAGUAUAUGACCCGUUGCAGGGCUUUGCGUGCGAGAAUGGAGCUUGUCAAGAUUACAGGGUCCGCUUCACCUGUCCAUCGAGUUUCUGCAGAACACAGUGUGUAACCAGGUGGUUUGAUUCUGACAACCCUAACACAAACGACGGCGAUGCUGAACUCCUCAGUGUCCUUCAUAGUAUGUACCCUGGUCACAUCUGUCCGAAUCCACUCGGAAUAGAGGCUAAGACGGUUAUCUCUAACCAGCCUGCGUAUCUAACUGGAAAUGUCUUUCAAGUAUAUAAUCCAACAACUGGGUUUUCUUGUAUAAACUCAAACCAAGGAGGAGUGUCAUGUUCUGAUUAUAAGGUGCGCUUCACUUGUCCAGGGGACUGGUGUUCAAACAACAGGACAGCCUGGUUUAACCAAGAUAAUCCCAGUGGACCAGGAGACUAUGAGACGCUGUCGUUAACCCUGGUAACGUAUCCACAACAGGUUUGCACUCUGCCCAUCGCUAUCGAGGUGGCAACCAUUAGUGGCAUCUCUGUGCUGCCUGCUGGAAACAAUUUUCAAGUAUUUGAUCCACUGCUGGGAUUUAAGUGUGUGAAUAAUCAGCAGACUGGAGGGGUCUGUCAGGAUUACAAGGUCCGCUACACGUGUUAGUGCGAGAGCCGUGUUCUCCCAAACUCCUCAUAUUGUAGCCAUAACUAACUGUAUAUUUUGUUAAACUAAGCUAAGAAAAAAGAAAAAGACAUAAAUAAUUAAUAGUACAAUAAACGUUUGCUUGCAUUGCCCCCUGGCCUCAGUUCAUGUUGUAAUUGUGUUGUGGAAUACUUUGUAAAAACACUGGAGUGAAUUACAUAAUUCGAUUCAGUACUCUAUUGUUAUUAUGGUCUCUGCACUUGUGCACACAUCUUGUUCGUUCCAACAGAAUCAGAUUUAAGUCCAUUUCGCUUUCAGUAACUUCUGGUUAAAAUAUGUGGCCAAGAAAAAAAACAGGUUGUGGAAAUUAAAAAUUGGAGAAAGUUAAACAGAUGUUAUUAUAACAUAAUAAAAUAAUUCUUGAGGUGGCAGUUCUAUUAUACCUAGACAAAUUAUUAUUUUUUUCAUCUUAUGGGUUUUUUCAUCUUAAACUUUCUGUGAUGUAUAACUUUUCAUUGUCGUGUGAAGGCACUGAACUCAUGUUCCUGUAUUCUUUUUUUUCUGUAACCUCGUCUUCAGCGAGGCUGAAUGCUUGAACAACCUUAUCGUUAUCUGUUUUUUAUUAUAAAGCGCUAAUUACUUUUAUAUUUCUUUAUUUUGAUGUGCUUAAGGAACCAUUGGGCUAUGCUAUAUAGAACCACUGAAUCAUUGGCCUAAGCUAGAUUUUAUGUGUCAAGCAUGAGUUGCAACCAUCUUUAACUCUAUAGAGAUUGUGGUUUGUGGUUUUAUAUUUUCGAAAUGUGAA